CGACUGCUUCUUCUGCGAGGGCUUGGAGAUGACCUUGAUGAGGCGGCUGUGGAAGGUGCCCAGCUCCAAGCCCCCGCGCAGCACCAGCCGCAGCACCAGCCGAAAGUGCUUCCUCUUGUCUGCAUCUGAGACGUACAGGGUCUUGGCGCAGCCGAAUUCCUAAGGGGCUCGCGGGGACAGGGCCGUCUUAUCCCAGCCCUCCGCCGUCGGAUGAACCAACCUCUCCCAGAUAUCGGACGUCCGCCCCGUCGGUGGUGACCAGACCCUCCACCACCCACACUCUCAGGCUUGGCCUUAACGCGGGAUCCCGGCCUCCUGGUCUCCCCACCGAUCUCUUGGCUAAAGGAGCCCUCCUUUCCCAGGAGAGGCAGGGAUGGGAGCAGGAUUCGGACCCCUUCCCGUGCGCUCUCACUCUGGAGUCCGGCUGCUGCUCGAAAUUCAGCUUCUGCGUCUCCGCGGCGCUGCCGGACGCGCUGUCCAGUCCCAUGUAACCACAGACCGUCGGCCCCGACUCCCCCGCCUGGUGAGCUGGAAAGGGACGCGAACUGGCUCUGGAAGGACUCGGGAAGGACGCAGGUGCCAGGCAAGCUUAGCGCCUGCCACCAGAGGGCGCGGGGAGACUGUGCCUGCGAACCGCCCCUCUCCCGGGCCCAACCUCCGGGUCCUCCCUACCGAGCAGGCGGCCGGCAGCCCUUGAGUCCGCCCUCACCUUGGCCCUGCCCCGACUUCACCCUCCAGCCGGGCCCCGAGAGGUAGACACAGGGCGGGGGGCAGAAGAACCUGCGGAGAUAAGUGAGCGUUGGAUUCAUGCAUCCAUGUUCCCUUGGCUCUCCUCUGCAUGCCCAGUGCCCAGCAGUGCCCAGCAGUGCCCAUAGAGCCCGGUGCAUACAUGAAAAACAUUCAGGGCCUGUCGCUGUGUGGGCUUUCCUUCCCUUGAUUACAGGAGUCAAGGCAGAGAACAUGGGUCCUGCGGAGUGAGCCAGGACCCAGUCUCUCCUCAGUCCUGGAGGGGACAGUGUAGGACCGCACCCUCCAAAGCCAGGCCAGGCAGUCAGCAACCACAGCCAGGACCGCUCCACCCCUUGGGGCUCUCCUCAAGGAAGUGCCUCCUAAGCUUCCAACGCAUUCCGGCUGCCGAGUGUGGCUGCCCCAGUCGCGGAAUUCCAGCCUGGCCCGCAGCUGGCCCCGUCUGCAGCUCCAAGGGUGGUAGGAGCAGGGGGUGCUGGGCUUGCCCCCCCUCAGGAGGAAGGGGGGAAUCCCUCCCUGCCAGUGGGAGGGGUUGCAGCCUGUGCUUCCCCUCCCCACCCGCCAGCCCUGGGUUAAAUGCGGCCGCCUCCUCUGCGUGCUCCAGCUGCCUGGCAGUCCCCACCUAGGGCACGCUGCCACGCCGUUACCUGGUCCAAGUCCCCGGGAGGCUCCGCCUGUCGGCUUCGCUCUGCAGCUGCAUCUCUGAUCUGUCCCGAAGGCUCAGGCUCUGACACCUCCAUUCUCUGUUCCCAAGCACCAUGAGAGGCCUUUGCUGGCCUGUGUUGCUGCUCCUUCUUCAGCCCUGGGAAACCCAGCUCCAGUCUGCAGGUCCCAGGUGUCACACUGGACCUCUGGAUCUGGUGUUCGUGAUUGACAGCUCCCGCAGCGUUAGCCCUUUCGAGUUCGAGACCAUGCGGCAGUUCCUCGUGGGCCUUGUCCGCGGCCUGAACGUGGGUCCCAACGCCACGCGCGUUGGUGUGAUCCAGUACUCGAGUCAAGUGCAGAGUGUCUUCUCUCUCCGCGCCUUCUCGCGCCGCGAGGACAUGGAGCGCGCCAUCCGCGACCUGGUGCCGCUGGCGCAAGGCACCAUGACGGGACUGGCCAUCCAGUACGCCAUGAACGUGGCCUUCAGCGUGGCUGAGGGCGCGCGCCCGCCGGAGGAGCGUGUGCCACGUGUCGCUGUCAUCGUGACGGACGGGCGGCCUCAGGACCGCGUGGCCGAGGUGGCGGCGCAGGCGCGCGCCCGUGGCAUUGAAAUUUACGCGGUGGGGGUGCAGCGCGCGGACGUGGGCUCCUUGCGCGCUAUGGCAUCACCCCCGCUGGACGAGCACGUCUUCCUCGUAGAGUCCUUUGACCUCAUCCAGGAGUUCGGCCUACAGUUCCAGGGCCGGCUGUGUGGGAAGGACUGGUGUGCUGAGGGGAGACAUGGCUGCCAGCACCAGUGUGUCAACGCCCCGGGCACGUUCCACUGCGCCUGCUACCGGGGCUACAAGCUAGCAGCAGAUAUCAAGAGCUGUUUGGCCAUUGACCUGUGUGCUGAAGGGACCCAUGCAUGUGAGCACCACUGCAUCAAUUCCCCGGGCUCCUAUGUCUGUCGCUGCCAGGUUGGCUUUGUACUCCAGCAAGACCAGAGGAGCUGCAGGGCCAUUGACUACUGCAGCUUCGGGAACCAUAGCUGUCAGCACGAGUGUGUUAGCACCCUUGGUGGACCACGGUGCCACUGCAGGGAGGGCCACGACUUGCAGCCCGAUGGGAGGAGCUGUCAGGCCCGGGACCUUUGCAAUGGCGUGGACCAUGGCUGUGAGUUCCAGUGUGUGAGCGAGGGCCUCUCCUUCCGCUGCCUGUGCCCCGAGGGGCGGCAACUUCAGGCAGAUGGCAAGAGCUGCAGCAGGUGCCGGGAAGGCCAUGUGGACCUUGUUCUGCUGGUUGACGGCUCCAAGAGCGUGCGUCCACAAAACUUCGAGCUGGUGAAGCGCUUCGUGAACCAGAUUGUGGACUUCCUGGAUGUGUCCCCCGAGGGCACGCGUGUGGGGCUGGUGCAGUUCUCGAGCCGCGUGCGCACCGAGUUCCCUCUGGGCCGCUACGGCACCGCAGCCGAGGUGAAGAAGGCGGUCCUGGCCGUGGAGUACAUGGAGCGCGGCACCAUGACAGGGCUGGCGCUGCGGCACAUGGUGGAGCACAGCUUCUCCGAGGCACAGGGUGCGCGGCCCCGUGCCCUCAAUGUGCCUCGCGUUGGCCUGAUCUUCACCGACGGCCGCUCCCAGGAUGACAUCUCGGUGUGGGCAGCGCGUGCCAAGGAGGAAGGCAUCGUCAUGUACGCCGUGGGCGUGGGCAAGGCAGUGGAGGCGGAGCUGCGCGAGAUCGCCUCGGAGCCAGCAGAGCUGCACGUGUCCUAUGCCCCGGACUUCGGAACCAUGACGCACGUGCUGGAGAACCUGAAAGGCAGCAUCUGCCCAGAGGAGGGCAUCAGCGCCGGGACAGAGCUUCGGAGCCCAUGUGAAUGCGAAAGCCUCGUGGAGUUCCAGGGCCGCACGCUCGGGGCGCUCGAGAACCUGACGCGGAACCUGGCCCAGCUGACCGCGCGCCUGGAGGAUCUGGAGAAGCAUCUGGCCAACCAGAAGUGAGGGCCACUCGGGCUGGGGCGCGGCCCCACGGACCGUGCCAGUUGCGCGCCACUGGGGCGCCGGGGCCAGGCAGAACCUGGGCCCGUCGGGAUUGGGCUGUCCGGGCGGAGGCGCUGGCGGGCUUCCAGCGUUGCGCUGAGCUGGCCUCGCCCGGACCAGAAGGCGGACUGCGGGGGUCACGGGGAUAGCGGGUGGUGGGGGAAGGGGCACGUGCCAGACCGGCACGCCCUCGCCGCGUGCUGCUCUCAGUUCUUUGUUGGAUUUGUUUUUUCUUAAAAAAAAAAAAAAAAAAAUCUGAUUUCCAC